GGGGAGAUCAGUCCAGUAGCUUCCAAUAGCUCGCUCGGUACUACUAUAAUAAACAGUGUCAACUAAGCCGUCCGAUCUUAAUCAUCAACCAUGCCGAUCAGAAACAUCUCCGUAGGCCAUCCACAAGAGGCUACUCAGAUGGACGCCUUGAAGGCGGCGUUGGCUGAGUUCAUCUCUACUCUAAUUUUCGUCUUUGCUGGCGAGGGGUCCGGCAUGGCAUUCGCUAAGCUCACAGACGGUGGCGCCAACACCCCAGCAGGCCUUAUUGCCGCCGCAAUUGCUCACGCUUUUGCUCUCUUUGUCGCCGUCUCCGUUGGCGCAAACAUUUCCGGUGGACACGUCAACCCCGCUGUCACUUUCGGUGCCUUUGUUGGCGGUAACAUCACACUCUUCCGUGGCAUCCUGUACUGGAUCGCUCAGCUCCUCGGCUCCACCGUCGCUUGCUUGCUCCUCAAGUUCACCACCGGUGGCCUGACCACCUCAGCUUUUGCACUCUCAAGCGGUGAGGGAGUAUGGAACGCGUUCGUUUUGGAGAUCGUGAUGACCUUUGGACUUGUUUACACUGUGUACGCCACCGCCAUCGAUCCAAAGAGGGGCAGUUUGGGAACUAUUGCUCCGAUCGCGAUUGGUUUCAUCGUAGGUGCUAACAUUUUGGCGGGUGGGGCUUUCGAUGGGGCUUCAAUGAACCCAGCCGUGUCAUUUGGGCCAGCCUUGGUGAGCUGGAGCUGGGAGAACCACUGGGUCUACUGGGCCGGUCCUCUUAUUGGUGGUGGGAUUGCUGGGCUUGUUUACGAGUUCUUCUUCAUCAGCCCCACACACGAACAGCUCCCCACCGCAGACUACUAAGCGCAAUGACGUGGAUCUGAAUUGAUGAGCAGUUGCACGGGUUCUAUCCGGUGUAUUUAAUCUCUUUUUUUUUUUCCGAUCUUUGUGUUAAUUUGUGGCCGUUGAUCCUUGCAUGUUCAUGAUCAAAACUUAUCGAUGCGUUGUUUGCCCCGGCAUGAUAUUGUGUGAUUAUGGGACCCAGGGGGCAUUUGUGUAGUUCUGCUUCCUGUCGUCUGAUUUCAUUGUUAGUUUUCCUUUCACCUUCUAUUAAUCCUUUUGAAUUUUGAUCCUUCAAA